GGUGCGGCAGCUCGGCGCGGGGGGCACGUCCCAGGUCUACGACACCCGGCGCCUGCGGGACGGCGAGGUGUUCGCCCUGAAGGAGAUCAAUGUGUCGCGGCUGGUGCGGCGGAAGUCCAGCCAGGUCGACCUGGACAUGGUGUGGAAGGAGAGGUGGAGGUGCUCCGGGAGCUCAGCUGGCCCACGGUGCUCCACAUCGUGGACGCGUGGUGGGGCGAGGGCGCCAAGGCGCUGUACAUGCUGCUGCCCGCCUUCGGCGGCGGACCGCUGGCGAAGCAGGUGGAGGCCGCCGCGGCACUGCGCCGGCCCAUCGCGCUGGAGCGCAUCGCGGACUGGUACGCGCAGACGCUCCACGCCGUCAGCUACCUGCACUGGUGCGGCGUGGUGCACCGGGACGUCAAGGCCGAGAACCUGCUGCUGCAGUCCUCGGGGCACACCCUGUGCCUCGGCGACCUGGGCAGCGCCGAGCUGCUCCCGGACGCCUCCCCGGAGGCCUGCGUGAAGGUCUCCAUGACCACGCCCAAGAUCACGCCGCCAGAGGUGUUCCUGGCAGGGUUGCACUACGCCGCCUCGGACAUGUGGGCGGUGGCCGCGACCUUCUGCGAGGUGGCCCUGCUGGAGCCGCCGCUCGACGUCAGCAUCGUCGACCACGAGGCCGUCUUCCAGGUGGCCGGGCUCGAGCCGCGCCUGCAGGACGCCCUGGCCGCCUGCGCCCGGUGCUCGCCCGGGGAGUGCCCGGGGGGGGCGCCGGCGACCGACGUGCUGUGCGCGGAGAUGGGCCAGGACUCGCUGCGGAGCAUGCUGCAGCAGGACCCUCGGCACAGACCGUCGGCCGCCUCGCUCGUCGCGGGGCGGCGCGUCUACCAGCGGCUGCAGUUCGUGCUGCGCGGCGCGAUGCCGCCCGAGGAGACGGACAGGCACUUCCAGCGCCUGGACCAGGUCAUCGAGGAGUCCGCGCAGAGGCCGCUCGCGGGGCCCCCCUGAGCUCGCCUCGCGGAAAAAAGAGGAGUACCGCCUGCGCACCGGUUUCGCGACGUCGCGUCCCCACGGCCGUGCGCGCCCCGCCGUCGCGGCCCAGACCUCCACCUCCUCUUCUCCUCCUCGUCCUCCUCCUCUUCUCCUCCUCC